AUGGAUUUCGAUGUUAACGAAUGGCCUCCUAAAGAACUUGCUGAUCCAGAGAAUUCCCAUGAAGCAUUGGCAGUCAAACUGAUUGAUCCUAAAAAACCACACUUGGAAGGUCUCACUUUAGAUGCUAUCGUAGGUAUCCAAGAUCCACUACGUGAAAACGUUAAGAAUUCGGUCGCUCAAUGUCAAAAAGCCGGUGUCACUGUACGUAUGGUUACCGGUGAUAACUUGUUGACUGCUAAAGCCAUUGCAAGAAACUGUGGCAUUCUCUCAAGCAAAAGUUUGAACGAUAGUGCAUGUGCCAUGGAAGGUCCUGCGUUCAG